AUGGCUACUGGCGCGACGCCGCCCCUAAGCUCCUAUGAGGACGACCGUGGACCGAAUUUCCGUGCCUAUAUUGAGGCCCUCACAGUUAUCGCCUUAAUAGCGACUGCUCUUCGAUUUUGGUCUCGAUCUCUUCAUACGCCUCAUGGGAGACAAAAUUACCGCUUCUGGUGGGACGACUGGUUCGCUUUAGCUGGCGCGACAACCCUCAUAGGCCAGUUCGCUGUGACUAUUCUGUCAGUAGAAAACGGACUUGGUCGUCAUCUCUGGGCCUUAUCUGAACAACAGUUGGAUUCGGUUCUUAAGUUGCUAUGGGUGGUUUAUUGGGUAUACGACGCCACACUAUUGUUAACCAAAGCAUCCGCUCUUCUCUUUCUCACGAGGAUCUUUCAUCACCACAAGAAAACAGAAUGGUUCAACGUACUCGUAUUAAUAACGCAUGGCCUCAACGUCGCGUGGUUCCUCGGAAUUAUAAUUGCGACAAUCCUUUUUUGCAACCCAAUCGAAAGGAAUUGGAAGCCGACAGUUCCUGGAACUUGUGGGAUACAGAACAACCUCUACCUAGGAAGUGCAAUUCCUAGCGUUUCAAUCGAUUUUAUCAUUUUAAUAUUACCUCUGCCGAAGGUUUGGCACCUCCAUACCAGCCCUGCCAGGAAAUGGGGCAUCAGUCUUGUCUUCGCCUUAGGAUACGGUGUGAUUGUUGCGUCACUUGGACGCCUCAUUACCGUCUUAAAGGAGAGUGCCGCUUUGAACACGGAUAUCACCUAUAAGGGCAUCGAUAUAUUUUACUGGACUUGGGCCGAAUCGCCCGUUACAAUUCUCGGUAUCAGCCUGCCUGCUAUGCUGCGCUUGAGUUACUAUUUGAGCCAAACUUACAUGCAACCUCUGUUGACUAAAUUUUCUUAUUUGCUUUCUCGAAGCACACUGCGAAGCCGUUCUGGCAAUUUCUCGUAUUUAAGUAACACCCAAGACCCCAUACAAGGCGUCCAUUUAAUUUCAAAUAACGCUUCCGGGUCUAUUCAUAUAUCAGAUAAUAAAUUCGACGCUCUGCCCUCAAGUGGUAUCAGGGGGGACGUGUUGCACCUAUCCGACAAUCAACAGAAUUAUACCGCGCAUAUAGACUGUGGCCGACUAGAUAGGCCUGAGAGUAGCACAUUGCCGAAUGACUCAAUUCGGGUUGAGAGUGAUGUCCAAGUUAGUCGACAAGGGCUCUAG